AUGUUCGGCCCCCCGGAAGUCCAGCUCGUGCUCGUCUUGAGCAGCUUUUUCGUGGGCCUCGCUUUCCUCACGGUGAUAGCACGGCUUUGCGCGAGAAUCAUGAUCGUUCGAAUCAUCGGCGCUGAGGAUUACCUGAUCAUUGGCUCAAUGGCAGCUUCGAUCGGAUUUCUAAUCGUCGAGAUGCUUCAAAUUAAGUACGGUUUGGGAUUGCACCUUGCAGAUAUCGCCCCUGAGUUCCAGGUCAAGUUCUUCCAGUGUCUUUGGGCGACAAUCCCGGUGUACAACUUAUCGUUGGUGUUGUGCAAAUUGUCCAUCGUCUUCCAGUACAAGCGAGUAUUCGACGUGCCCACGGUCAAGAAGAUUUGCAGGGUCUUGCUACCUGUUUUGGUCGUGUACGGAAUGUGGACCGUCUUAGGCUCUGUAUUCAUGUGUGUGCCCGUCAAGUUCUUUUGGGGAGAAGGAGAGGGUUCGUGCAUGAAUAGGCUGGCCUUCUGGUUUUCCAACGCCGCGCUAAACAUCACCACCGACAUCAUUAUCAUUGCAAUACCCAUGCCUCUCAUCAAGAGGCUCCAGAUCCCACUUCGACAAAAGAUCAUACUCAUGGUUGUUUUCGCAUUUGGCGCCUUCGUCUGCAUUACCUCGAUCGUCCGGCUGCGCUCGCUACUCGAUAUUUCAACGUCGCCAGAUACCUCCUUUGACGGAGUCGAUAUCGCCCUAUGGAGUAACAUCGAGAUCAAUCUCGCUAUUAUCUGCGCAUCUGUUCCGGCCCUGAAGCCGCUCGUGUCUAAGAUCUUCCCUAAGCUACUUGGCUUAACUGGCCGUUCUGGUAACCGAUCCGGCACUGGAUAUGCCCAGCAUCAAGAUAGCCACGCCCUGGAGUCGUUCAAACGACAUGCCAAUACCGCGACGCAUGCAUCAGCAGUCACCAGCUCGGCAAUCCGAGGUAACAAGGGUAUUUACGUGGAGCACACCUUCGAGGUCAGGGAGGACAACGACGGAAAGAAUAUCAAUAGCCGUGAAGGAAGUGAACGAAACCUCGUACCUUCAGACAACGAACCCUACGCGAAGAGUAGGGAGAUUGUGUAA